AUGAGUAAUAACAACAACAAUAAUAAUCAGAACAGCCAUCACCAUACCCCGGAGGCCCCUCGUCGGUCAUCCCGUAGCUCUCGUGCGGGCGUGCCGGGCCCAGAGCGACGCCGGUCCACUGCCGGUGCCAACUUUAACCUGAAUAAUAAUGAGCCGACUGGAGACUCCAUGGCCCCGUCCGACCACCGCUCCUCACUAGGUCCUCAUGGACUUCGGACGUCUAGCCCAUCGAGUCUCGGAGGCAGCCCGAUCAUUGCGACCGGGGACCCGCAUCACCAACGUGCCCCCUCGUUGGGUGAGCUGCAUCAAGAACUGGAGCAGGAACAAGAAGCCCAAGUGAACCGACUCUUGCAUAUGAUCCGAACCCAACAAACUCAACUGCAGCAAUUACAGCAGCAGCAACAGGGUUCCCAGGGCACGGCCAUCGACGAUUCGGACCGCUCUGCGUUUCCUACUAUCCCACCUGUCUCAGCUAGCGGUAGUCGAACAUCAACUCAGUUUCCCUCAUCGCUAUCCAGCCGCCGACCCUCACGGCCGUCGAGCCAGGCGGCGUCGCCUAGUCUCCGACCGCUGUCCGAUGCACCCCGCGGGCCGGAGGGACCUGAGUGGAUCGCGGGCACCAGUGAGAGCCCGGCACGACGGAGCAGCCGCGACGAAGGUGCGUUCUACCAGGCCGAAGCCGCAAUGCUUGCGAGAGAGAACCAAAUUUUGCGACAGCGCAUCCGGGAUUUAGAACGCCAGGUGAGUGAGUUGACUACUUCGCCCACUGGGGGUGGUGUGCGGUCGGGCGAGAUCGCCGCCUCUCCUGCCACAGAAGGCGGCGCAACUGCCGAUCCCCAUGCGACUGUUGGAGUCAGAUCGACCAGUGAAUCCACAGAUAAGACCUGA